ACUAUUAAGUGAGUGCAAGCUUGUAUCGCUCAUGGGUAUGGUACUUUGUACCUACCACCUACUUAGUAAAUCAUAGCUUAAUAUUGUGAUGAUACAGGUGACUUUAAGUCUAUAUCAUGAACUCUGUUUUCUUCUGAACUUCAGUCUUGUAUAUCUAAUUGCCUGUUAAGCAUUUUAUAUGUUUCUACAUUACCUUAAACACAAGUCCAAAAUCAAACCUCUCAUUCCACAUCGAGAUGAUCUUUUUUGUUGUGCAUAUGUGAUUUAAGUGUAGAUAUAAAGAACCAAAAUUUCAGUUGUCAAAUACUUAAAAAUAUCUUAAUAAAUAUCUCAAAAGUAGAAGUUGCAAAUUAUGUUAUCAGAAUUCUGAACAGAAUAGUUGCUGCUUCAUACCACACUAACUUUUUUUUAACUUGCAAAACUAUUUCAUUUGACAUGGAGGACCUUAACUAAAUACAUGUCCAAAAGAACUCUAUUAGUGCCCAGUAGGAAUUUAGAAACACAGUAAAUAAAAGACAUUUAUAUCUUUUUUAUAUUUGUUCUGAUCUCUCUGCUCUUAGACUCUCACACAGAAUCCCAAGAGGGCAGCUGUUAGUUUAUAUUUUCUAAGUCCAAUGCCCUUUUAAAAACAUUGGUUAUUUGUUGUAUGUUGAUACUUGGACACAAAAUUGGCACUCAGUGAGUAGCUUUUAAGUAAAUGAAUCAAAAGAAAUGCAAGAUACAAGCUACAUGAUCCCUGCAAUCAGGUAGGGAUGUUGAUACCUGAAACCAAGUAAAAAAUCUGUAAAUUUCAUUAUAUAGUGACAUAUCAGGAUAAGAGGAACAAAUAAAUUUUGUAGACAUUCAGUAAGUGAAGAGAAAGGCUUUUGGAGAUGAGAGGCUUGAGCUAAGACCUUGUAUGUGUGCUACUAGAAGCUUUCUGGGCUGAACAUGUCUAAAAUGCCCCUUUGAUGCUAUAAUAGUUCUGGCCCUUCAGAAGCAGACUGCCUCUUACUUUCACUUUAAAAGAGUUUAGAUCCUAGCAGUCCAUUAUGCAAGCCAGAGAAAGACCAUUUUAUGUGAAGAUGCACUUUUAUUGCACUUUCCUCACUAUAUAUUAUAAUUAUUUGUUUAUACCUGUCUCUGCAGUUAGGAGUAUAAGGUCUUUGAGAGAAUGAGCCUUAUUGGCUUGAGCCCUUUAUCCCUGACAUACUUUGGAUAGAGAGGGCAUCCCAUAAAUGUUUGUUUAAUAAACAAGAGUGUAAGCUCCUAAUGGGUGAGAAUGUGUCAGAUUAUUCUUUGUUUCCUUAUUUGAAUUGAAAUGAAUUGUUUCUUAAGAUUUAUCCUAAGAAUAUUUACUCAGCCUUCACUGAUUCUGUUGCUAUGGUUCAUGUCACCAUACAACAGAUGCUUAAAUAUCCACUUUUCUCUAGGUUAUAUUUUGAUUACCUCAAUUUUGACCAGGUCUAAUACAAGAUUGAUCUAGAGGCAACAGGAUUUCCAAUUUUCAAGCCUGAUGGGAUCUCUCAGCUGGAACAAGAUCUACAGGUCUUUGAUUUGGAAACUAAGAAUAGAGAAGUCUUAAGAGAUGACCGCUCAGAUGGAGGAACCAGAGAAGAGAACAAGCUGUUGAUUCCUAAGCAGAAAAUUUCAGAAGUACAUUCAUGCAAAAUGAGAGUAGGAAGACUCAAAAAGGAUGCCGGCCAAGUUCCUGAGACUAGAGAAGUGUAUAAACCUGAGGACAGAUUAGAAAGGCUUCAGGAAAUACUAAGGAAAUUUUUAUUCCUGGAGAGAGAGUUUAGGCAAAUAACAAUCAGCAAGAAAACUUUCACCAGUGAAAACAAUGAAUGUAAUGAACCUGAAAAAAGCUUCAGUCUGGAAUCUACCCUUGAUACAGACCAGAGAGAUCUUAGAAUACAGAACAUUGAUGACAUUGAUAGGUAUGACAUUGGCCUCAACCAGAAUUCAGCUGCUGAGAAACAUGAACAAGUAAAUCUAACACAGGAUUUUCAGAACAGUGAAUAUAAAGAAAGCUUAAUGGAUCUUUCCCACCUUAGUAAAUGUGAGAGCAUUUUCACCACUGAGAAAUCCUAUAAAUGUGAUGCAUGUGAGAAAAUCUUCCAUCAGAGCUCAGCUCUUUCUAGACAUCAGAGAAUUCAUACUAAAGAGAAACCCUACAAAUGUAAAGAAUGUGAAAAAUCUUUCAGUCAGAGCUCAAGUCUUAGUCGACAUAAAAGAAUACAUACUAGAGAAAAACCCUAUAAAUGUGAAAUGUCUGAGAAGUCCUGUGAAUUAUCUGAUAAAUCCUCUAGUCAGAGCUCAGGCAUAAUGAAGCAUAAGAGGAUUCACACUAAAGCAAAAUCUUAUAAAUGUAGCAAUUGUGAAAGAGUAUUCAGUCGUAGUGUACACCUUACUCAACAUCAGAGAAUUCACAGAGAGAUGCCCUGUAAGUGUACUACUGUAUGUGGCAGCGACUUCUACCAUACCUCAUUCCUAGUCGAACAUCAGAAGGUUCACUGUGAAGAGAAAGCCUAUGAAUAUGAAUGUGGGAUGAACUUUACUAAACAUCAAGGAGUUAGUCUCAGAGAAAAGCCCUAUACAUGUACUGAAUGUGGAAAAGACUUCAGAUUGAAUUCCCAUCUUAUUCAGCAUCAAAGAAUUCACACAGGAGAGAAACCACAUGAAUGUAAUGAAUGUGGGAAAGCUUUCAGUCAAACCUCAUGCCUUAUUCAGCAUCACAAAAUUCACAGGAAAGAGAAAUCCUCUGAGUAUAAUGAUUAUGAGGAAAGUUUUAAUCAUAGCUCAGAUCUUGUCCUGCAGCGAGAAGUCCUUACCAGAGAAGAAGCCUUUGAUUGUGAUGCAUGGGAAAAGAACCUCAUUCAGAGAGCACAACUUGCUCAACAUCAAAGAAUUCAUACCAAAGAGAAACCUUAUGAAUGUAAUGAACGUGGGAAGACAUUUAGUCAAGUUCAGGCCUCAUUCAAUAUCUGAGAGUUCACACCAGGGAAAAAUUGUGAGUACUAAAUGUGAUAAAAUCUUCAGUCAGCUCAACCUUUUCAUCAUCGGAGAAUCCACACCAGAGAGAAAUUUUCUGAAUGUGAUGAAUGUAGGAAAGCUAUUAGUUUUAAACUUUUAAUUGAUGCCUGCAAACCCAUACCAGAGAAAACCUACAAAUAUAUUGAAUGUGGUAAAUGCUUCAUGUUAUGUUCAUAACUUAGUCAUCAUUGGAGAAUUCAUACAGGAAUAAAAGCCCACCACUGUAAAGAAUGUGAAAAAGCCUUCAGUCAAAGAAAAUACCUUUUCAGCAUCAAAUUCAUUCCAUGCAGAAAGCCUAUGAAUGUAAUAAAUGUGUGUGUGUGAAGAUUCAGUCAUAUUUCAAUCUUCAUUCAACAUCAAAGAAUCCAUACCCAAGAGAAGCCAUUGAGUAUAGGAGUUCAAGUCUUUUUCAUCAUCAGAAUAUCUACACCAGACCAGAAUCUGAUAUAACUCAAAUGGAAAAAAUUUAUUGCCACAUUUCAGGCUUUACUCAACAUCAAAAUAUUGAAGGGACAAUUGUUGAUUAUUUGUAUAUGAAAUCAUUAAUAUAUAGUCCCGAUCUUUUUCAUUGCAGAAAAAUCUAGCCUGAGGAGUGACAUGGUGAAUGCAGUACUGUUUCUCAUGGCAUUCUUUAAUAUAAUAGGUGUUGUAAGUAACUAUGUAUACUUUAUUUAUGGAAUUCAUUUAAGCUAUUUUUAUUUUAAUGUGGCCUAUAAACAUUUUUCUUUUUCUUGAAAUUGGUAUGUAUUGUUCUCAGCUUCUCUAAGAUACUGUAAUUACACCAAUGUUAAAACAUAUCAGCAUCUGGAAGGUAGCUCAUUUAGUUUUUUCUGCUGUUCUCCACCCAAGUUCUCUCCAAAACAGACUAUUAGGCCUGCUCUUUUCUGAAGACCCUAAUUCCUAUUUGUUUCUAGCCACAACAACUGGAUUCCUGUUGAUUUAUCCACUCUCUUAAGCGCCUUCGAAUGAUGGUUUCCUAGUUUUAAGCUUUUUACCAGCAGGUAUGCCGUCCCCACUUGAUGUCACUGUUCUGGUGUCUUCUUUCCCAAAGUAAAGCAUCUUCCUUUAAAAGAAUUGGAUUUCCACAUCCGGUUCACCUAUGAGUAUGAAAGAUUCUUUCUCCCUUGAAUUUAUGACAGACAGCUAAACAAUUUCAAGUGAUGCCCAAGUUCUUAGCUGCCUUGUUUUGCAUCCACAGCCCACUAACAGAGAUGAUAAGGACUCCUAGUGUUAUAGCUACAUUCAUUCAGCAUCUACUCUGCAUGUCUAAGUUUAGAAAUAUUUUAUAUACUUCCAUUGAAGGCCAGCAAAAUGCUCGGGCUUGUUUUUGAUAGGGCAAAACAUAAAGAACAUAUACUAAAAGAUCAGAGAGCUUCAUAAGGCAGAGAGCUCAGCCUUCCAACAAAGAUAUUGCUGUUCUUAUAUAAUAUCUCCAGAGAGAAUAUUUCAAGAGAGUUGGUAAUUCUGUUCCUGGUAAAAUUUUAACCAUUAAGGUUGUUUUCUUAUCUAUUUGGAUUUCCACCCUCAAUAUCCCCUCAUCAAUCUAGGACAGUAUUUGAAGUGUGGGGGCAUUGUGUAUACUUAUUCAUUAUCACAUUUUUUUUUUUUGUAUUUUACUAGAGUCUAUAGGCCAUAUACAAGAACAUGAUUUUCUUGAUUGGUAAAAGUGAUCACAGAUGUUGGCUCCAGAUUUCAGGAUCACCAUCAUAACACCUAGCAACAGUUUAUGAUUCUUAGAUGAUGUCAGAGCACUUUAUUAUAUUUUUCCAUCUUAAGUUUCAUAAUAUUUUGUGAAUAAGACAAGUGUUAUUUAAAAUUCUAGUUGUCAUUCCAGCAGUUGAGGCCUUCAUAGUUCAGAAGUUAUAAUAUUCAUGAGGGAUCCUCAACAAAUAUAUAAAAAUGUAUUGCUUGCCCUAUAAGCAUUUUAUGGCUAACCUCUAGGAUAGUUCUACCAGUAUAUUUUACCUCUUAGCCAUCAGCAAGCAUAUGAUCUAAUCAGGGCAAGGUGGGAAUCUAAAUGUAAAAUCAAAUGGAAAUGCAUGUUUUUUUCCCCUGUCAGGAAUGUGUAUACUCAUGUAUAGAAGCUAAUAGUCACUUCCGGGGAUUAUGAAACAGAGGAUGAAGCAAUCCUUAAAUACCAGAAUGUAUAAACAUCACUUGUAUGCAUUUGGUUUAGGAAUGUGCUUUUUACUUCUGCUUGAAUAAAAGUGUGUUUGAUAUUCUGCAAAUCUGUUUCAAAUAAAAUCUGAAGGCCUUAGCUGGAAGCAUUUGGAAAUUUUGGAAUCACCUUUCUGGCUGCAACUCAGUUCCUUACAGAUAUACUUGCUUCAUAACAAGAGUAGGUUGUUCUCCUGUAUACUGGUACUUGCUCUUCCACAGAACUCUUGAGGAAUAAAGUCUGAAUGUUUAGGAAUUAAAGGAUUAUUCAAUUGGGAUGGUGUCAGUACAUAAAAUAAGAGGAAAUCAUUUGAAGUUUCAGUUAAAUUAGGCAGAAUGUGUGUGUGUGUGUGUGUGAGUUUUUUAGUAAAACACAUUUUUAAAAAUUAGAAAAAAGUAACUUGCCAGUUUAAGCUUGCUGAUAUUUAAUUGGUCCAAUAGAAUAUGAGUUUGUGUUCAUUUUUUUAGUCUUGAUGCUGGAGAGGUAAGAGAAGAAAUCUAAUAGUUGAGGGACACCUAAUUUUAUCUUCUAUCUGCCCACCCACCUACAUGUACAUAUAUGUAUGUGCAUAUUCAAACUUGUUCCUCACAGUUCUGCAAGGGAACUAGCUUCAUUUUACAGAACUGAGGUAUAGGGAGGUUAAAGAACUUGUUAGGAUCACAUAGCAAGUUCAAAGUCAGGUGUGUUUGACUCCAAAACUUUGCAUCAUCGUGAAGUUGGUAUUAGACACCAACCAGGGACGUUUUCUUUGAUUGCUCUUCAUUCCUUGUUAUACCCCAAUGAUUCACUGUUAUUAGUUUGCAACUCAUCCUAAAUGCUCUCAAAGCUCUCUGGGAUACUAGGAGAAAAUAUCCCAAUAUCUUUUGGUGCUAGUCAGAGACCCUUCCACGCCCCAUGAACAGGCUUAGACAAUUUUGACUGGGACAGGUCACAGAUCAAAGGUCCCAAAUUCCUGUUUCCUGCUAAGUCCCCUCCAUUCCCAUCACUAGAUUUACAUUUCCAUUUUCAAUGCCCAAAUGUGCUCUUAAUUUUUGCUGCUAAUUAGAACUUGCUGCUGGACAUUUAUUCUUACCAAGAUUUACUGUCACCUCUGGUUACAUUAUAGCAGUGGAACAAAGCAGUUAUUGGGAAAAUCAAGUUUGAUACCUAGGUUCUGGGUUGAGCAAAAGAGUAUCCAGAUAGAGGUAGACUUGAAAGAUAUGUGGUACACUGGAAGAGGAGCAAGGAGAGCAUUUCAGGCAAGAGAGAUUAUGUCAGAAGGCCUACAAAUGAGAGAAUGGCAUUUUCAGGGUAACAUAUGAGCUUUCUGGAGAAAUGCCUCACACUAGCAAAUAGUAUGAGGGUAACUGAUGAAGUUGAAGAACGAAAACUCCUAGGGUGUCAUCUCAGCAAAGCAUAAUGGAAUUCCCACAACUAGAAAUGUAACUACCUGUCCAUUCAAUAAUACAUUUGCCAGACACUAUGAUAUUCAGUGCUAGUUAAAGGAUACAGUUAACCUAAUCAAAUGAAUGAAACCAUCUACUGAGUAAAAAUAAACAGAUUAGUUGUUUAAGCAAUAGCUUCAGAAUUAGACAUACCUGUGUUUGAAUUUUGCUGUUUACUAGCUGUGUGACUUUGGAAAUUUUACUUAGUCUCUCUAGUUUUCUUGUCUAUACAAUGUGGCUAAUAGCAUGAAAAUUACAGAGAUAAUGUAAAAGGUACUGGUCAUAUAGUAAGUGCCAAAUAGUUAUUAAUAUAAAUACUAUUAUAAAAACCAGUAAAAAUAGAAGACAGAUGUUUAGACAGAAGAUAGAGGGAAUUAAUGAGCAAGCAUUUAACAGUGUAGGACUGGCAUUGUCCAGGAUGGGAUGCCCUGGGUUUGGAGAACUUAAAUAUGACUAGUGAAAACAUCAGGCAUCCUUGUCUGUGGUAGGAACUGCCUCCUGACAGGCACUCCCUGUUGGAGUCAGCAAGCUGACAUCUGUCUUGUCUAAAAUUCAUAUGAGUUCACAUUUUCAAAAUACAAGUGCAUAAAGGAACUAUUGUUUAAUCCAAGACUGUAAGAAUGAUUUCAAUAAGAAAUCAGAUGGUGCCCUGUAUAAGUCAACAAGAAAAUAAUGCUGGAAUAUUUUUAUUUUGUUGAUGCAUCCUAUUCACUCCACUUAUAGAAAAUGGUUAACCUCUUGUAUUUGUAUUUCAUUCAUGUUUAUAAAUUUACAACUUGGGCAUAA